UGGUCAGCGUGCAAUUGCAGCGUCAUUGUGAGAGGUUGUUUGAAUGAAGUUGAUAGUGUUCACUGAAAUCUGCAGCAAGAAUUCGCGCCCGGUAACAGUAAUCAGAGUUAAGCUAUUAAAUAAAACAUAGAAAAACAUGCCCGUCUUUACAGUGAAUGUGAAAUGGGGAAAGGAGAAGUUCGAUGCAGUAGAGCUCAACACCGAAGAACCACCUAUGGUCUUCAAAGCCCAACUGUUUGCUCUGACGGGAGUUCAGCCAGACAGACAGAAAGUUAUGGUCAAAGGAGGAACCCUAAAGGAUGAUGAAUGGGGGAACAUCAAACUAAAAAAUGGUAUGACACUGCUCAUGAUGGGCUCUGCCGAAGCCCUUCCCGAGGAACCUGCUGUCAGACCCAUGUUUGUGGAAGACAUGACGGAAGAACAGCUUGCCUCUGCCAUGGAGUUGCCCUGUGGUUUGACAAACUUGGGCAAUACCUGCUACAUGAAUGCUACUGUUCAGUGUCUGCGGUCUGUUCCUGAGCUCAAAGUUGCCCUCCAGAGGUAUUCUGGUGCCCUCAGAUCUUCUGGAGCCAAUGCACCAUCCCAAUACAUCACAGCAGCCAUGCGUGAUCUAUAUGAGUCGAUGGACAAAACUUCCUCCAGCAUACCACCAAUUAUCCUCCUGCAGUUCCUGCACAUGGCCUUCCCACAGUUUGCUGAGAAGGGGGACCAGGGCCAGUAUCUACAGCAGGACGCUAAUGAAUGCUGGCUGCAAAUGAUGAGGGUGCUUCAGCAGAAGCUAGAACCGCUGGAACCUGAAACUCCAAUGGAGACCGGGGAUGACAGUGGGGCUGCUACAGCCUCAGCAAAGAAGAAUUUCAUCGAUCAGUAUUUUGGAGUGGAAUAUGAAACCACUAUGAAAUGCACAGAGUCAGAGAGCGAGGAGCCCACCAAAGGGACCGAGAGCCAUCUUCAGCUCAGCUGUUUCAUCAACCAGGAGGUCAAAUACCUGGCCACAGGGCUCAGACUGCGACUACAAGAGGAAAUCACAAAACUUUCUCCAUCCUUAGACAGAAAUGCCCUCUACAUAAAAUCAUCUAAAGUCAGUCGACUUCCUGCAUACCUAACGGUUCAGAUGGUUCGCUUCUUCUACAAGGAGAAAGAGUCAGUUAAUGCCAAAGUCCUUAAGGAUGUCAAGUUCCCUCUCAUGCUGGAUGUCUAUGAGCUCUGCACAAAAGACCUCCAGGACAAAAUGGUGGCAAUCAGGUCAAAGUUCAAGGAGGUGGAGGACAAAAACCUAGAGAAGCAGCAGAAAAAGGUGGAAAAGGCUGGUGCAGUAACAAAAGAGCCUAAAUACGAGCCCUUCUCAUUUCCAGAUGAUCUGGGCUCCAACAACAGCGGCUACUAUGACCUGCAGGCAGUGCUGACACAUCAGGGAAGGUCAAGCUCAUCGGGCCACUACGUCUCAUGGGUCAAAAGGAAAGAAGAUGAGUGGGUGAAGUUUGAUGACGACAAGGUCAGUGUGGUGACCCCUGAAGACAUCCUGAAGCUGUCCGGCGGUGGAGACUGGCACAUAGCGUACGUCUUGCUGUACGGACCCCGCCGUCUGGAAAUUCUUGAAGAGGAACAGUAAUCGGGAAAAGGAAAUAAAUUAAAACCAACCAACUUCAAAUUGCCAUUGCAAAGCACUGUCUGCAUAGAUGUGCAAUACAUCCCAGUGUCUUUCAAAUCUGACCUUCAUUUUUUUUUUUGUGUGAAGUGACAUGAAUGCUUCUUACUCUAAUUUGUGCACCACCGCUGAAGCAGCAUGUUGAGAGUGGGGAGAUCAUUCCCAUUUAAAGGAGCAGAUUGUGAAAUAACAAGUAAUCCAAGGGAAGGGUGUGGAAGUCGAUUUCCUGUUUCUUUAAUGUUUUAUAUAUAAACAUUGUAUAUUUUUGAAGCCUAUGAUGUUCAUGCUUAUUCCGUAGUACUAUAGUAUUCAACGGACAUUAUAGAGAAAAUAUAAUGGACUAAUUGGUUUGUACAGAAACACUUGGUAAGGUUACAGUAAUUGUUCACAGGAUCCCUUGCUAUUGCCCAUUUCAGUGCUCAUCCAGAAUGGGUUUUUUAUUGGUGGAACUUCACCUGCUUUUCCCUUGCUACAAUAGUGUGCAAGGAGCCUUACUACUCAUGAACUGUGUCUUUGGAAAACCUGAGACUUAAAGAUCACCUGCACUUGCGCACAUUGUUCUUGUUGGGCUUCUAUCUUGCUGGGUAUGUUGUUGUACACACCCAUGGUUUCAGAUCUGUAUCACUUAAUGUCUCCCUAAAAUACACUUUGGCCUCAUUUGUGUAAAAAACAAAGGCUACAAAUGUUUCUGUAAUAAGUUAUUGACUGCUGGCUUUUCAUAAUGGGUAAUAAACUUAUGCAAAGAAA